UUUCUAGCAGCCUUUGAUGCAUGUGGGGUUCACCCAGGUCUUGGCUGGGGCAGGAAAAUGCCCUCCCUCAUAUGGGUGGGUUAUGGGGCAAGACUAGGAAACCCAGGAGUUGAACCGCCCUGGGACAGGCUGUCAGCCCUGUACGGCUGGGCGGGGGAAGGGGGGGGGUUAGUCACAUGGCUGGUGACGUUAUGGGGGGCUUUCCUGGUGCCAAAGGAGUUCUUCACAAAGGAAGAGAGGUGUUCCCUGAGUGACGUGGGUGCUGGGGGGGGUAUCCCCGGGUGAUGUGGCUAGGCGGGUCCCAAUGCCCCGCCCCCCCUACCUGCCCAGGCACCUGUAGGGCAGAACUGCCCCCGCCCCCCCCCGCACAUUCCGGCAGAGCUGCAGCUUCCUCUUGCUGCGUCGCAAUGGCCCGGGCCAGUGACAGUGCCCCUAUGCCCGACCUGACUUGCAGCCUGGAGGAGUGCACGGCCGCGCUGGAUGCCUUCCUCAGUAACCGCUUCACCGAGAGCCUAGACCGGCUUCAGCCCAGGACCAAGGAGAGCAUGUACCAUGCCCUGGUCUAUGCCACGCUGCGGGCCAUGCAGGCCAUGAUGACCUUCGAGCAUGAGGACCUAGCACAGGCUGGGCACACCAUGAAGGAGGCACAGGAGGUUUGCCACAGGUUCCGCAGGAAAUCUAGCGUGGCUGCAUCCUUCUCCAGCCCAAGCAAUGACACCUUCACUGAGGAGGAGCUGCAUGCUGAGGUUUGCUAUGCAGAGUGUCUGCUGCAGCGCGCGGCUCUCACCUUCCUGCAGGACGAGAACAUGGUGAAUUUCAUCAAAGGUGGCAUCAAGGUGCGGAGCAGCUACUUGAUCUACAGGGAGCUGAGCGGGGUGCUGCAGUCAGGGCACUGCCCUGUGGGUCCUGCCCACCCCCAUCUGGAGGGAGGUGUCGCACUGGGCACUGGCGCCUUCAACCUAACACUGUCGCUCUUUCCCCCACGCAUCCUGCGGCUGCUGGAGUUUGCUGGGUUUUCGGGGGACAAGGAGCUGGGGCUGCGGCAGUUGCAGGUGGGAGCUGCCAGCCCCAACCUACGCGGCCUCCUGUGCACCCUGCUGCUGCUCUGCUACCACACCUUCCUCACCUUUGUGCUGGGCCUCGGGGAUGAUGACUUCACAGAGGCCGAGACCCUGCUGCAGCCCUACCUUACCCGCUACCCCCAGAGUGCCAUCUUCUUGUUCUUUGCUGGUCGGAUCGAAGAGAUCAAAGGGAACAUCGACACGGCCGUGGCCCGAUUCGAGGAGGUGUGCACAGCCCAGCAGGCCUGGAAGCAGUUCCACCACAUGUGCUACUGGGAACUGAUGUGGUGCUUUGCCUACAAGGGUCUUUGGAAGAUGGCCUACUUCUAUGCUGACUUGCUCAGCCAGGAGAGCCGUUGGUCCAAGGCCAUGUAUGUGUACAUGAAAGCUGCGUUCCUCAGCAUGCUGCCCCUUGGUGAGUCCCGGCCCUUUGGAGAAGAUGAAGUGGAGCUGUUCAGGCAGGUGUCCUCUUUGAAGCAGAAGAUUGCGGGCAAAUCACCCCCCACGGAGAAAUUUGCGAUCCGGAAAGCCCGUCGCUACAAAGGCAGUGCCCCCAUGCCCUUGCCUGUACCUGCCCUGGAGAUGAUGUACAUGUGGAAUGGGUUCUCUGUGCUGGGCCGGCACCAGGACCUGCUUGAGGGGACACUGGAGACGCUGCUCCAGGCUGAGAAGAGGCUGGAGGAGUCUGCAGGUGGUGAGCAUCAUGUGGAUGACCGGUGCCUGGUACUGCUGCUCAAAGGCCUCUGUCUUCGGCACCUGUGCAGCCUGAGCCAGGCAGAGGCCUGCUUCCAUGCUGUGCAGGCCAGUGAGAAGCAGCUCCGCCAUGACCACUACCUGGUGCCCAACGCGUUGGUGGAGCAGGCAUUGCUGUGGGCAGCGCAGGGCCGAGGGGCGGAGGCAGUGUCCCUGCUGCGGCGAGCCAAGAACAGCUACAAAAACUACUCCAUGGAGUCGCGAACUCUCUUCCGCAUCCAUGCUGCCCUGACCCGGCUCCGCGCCGCGCCGGAGGAGAACGGCAUUGAUGGGGCUGGUCCCCCCUGAACCCUCUACGCAGUAUCUUACCCCCACCAACGAUGGACUCUUGCCUGUACCCCUAACAAAACCAAAGUGCCUGCACUCUCAUGCCUAGUUUAUACCUCCCUGUCACUUAUAUGAGCUGUAUGCACAGAACUGAGUGUGGCUUCCCCAGACUGGGGAAGGAGGGGUGGGGUCUACCCUGUCUACUCAUCUCCUAGGUUCCAAGGGUAAAGGCUUCCUCCUCUCCUUCCCCUCCACCCUACCUGCUCUUGCUUAUACUUAACCCCUCGGUUACAUCCCCUCCCCCAGUAAGGGAGAGUAGGGCAGAUUGUGUGCCCCCCCCCAGGUGUGGGGUGGUGCUUUGUGUCCCAGCUCCCCCAGACUCCUUUCCUUCUACCAAGGAUAUUUUGUGGCAAAAUGUGUGCAGCAGCAAUCUCAGUGCAGAGGUGGCCUUGCUCUUAUCUCUCUGCCCCUCUUCUGGCCUGAGGCUUCAGAGCUGUGGGAAAGGGGCUAGAAGCACCUGCUCCACUUGAUGUCUGCAAGUAGCUUGAGAAGCUCAAGUGUGUCCAGUGGGAGAUUCUGGGUAGCCAAAGCUGUACCUGUUUUCACCCCUAUAUGGGCCCUAGAGCCAGCCCCUGAUUCCAUCUGUUGGGUAUUGCCAUGUACUUUUCCCACACCCUGGAAGGACAUCAAUAUCUUUCCCCACCCCUACACCUGAGAGCUGGAGCAGAAUACAGCCUCAGCAGAAGGAAGACACUGCACUGGGCUGGCACCUGGUCCCUGCUGGUGGUGGUCAGUGACCUAUGGACAAUGCUUCAGGGUGGUUCCAGGCCUCUGAGACGGUUGGAGUUGGGUUCUCUGUCUCCCAUCCUGCUCCUCGCUCUGUUCCAACCCUGCUGGUAAGAACAGACUGAGCCAAGCAGGCUGGGCCAUGGUGGAAGGGAACAGGGUUUUGUGCUAUGGCUUCUCGGCAGGGGCAGGGUGUUUCUCAUGCUACGUAGGAGGUUGAUGAGGUGAGGUACAGCUGGAAGAUAUAGGUCAGAGCUAGGAAAUAAAGGCAUUGAUGCCUGUA